AUGGUCGAGGCCGUCAAGCACGUGGACCAGCUGAACCACUCCGUGAAGGUGGCGGCGCCCAGCGUCAAAGUGCCGCUGGCCGUGCUGCGCUUCGUGAAGUUCGGCGAGGCGGCGCCUGGCGGCGGCCCGCCGGGCGGCGUCCUGGGGCUGCUGCUCAGGCACCUGUCGGAGUCGCUGCUCCGGCGGGCCGUGGACGCGGAGGCGGCCGCCGAGGCGUUCGGUGCGCUGAGGAGGUACGACGACGUCAGAGAGGGCAUGCUGCUCGUGCUCGACGGGCUCGUGCGGCCCCGGCUGCCAGGGCGCGCGCAGGCGCCCGAGUUGCACCAGAAGCUGAAGGUGGUCCGACAGGAGUUGGCGAAGGGCCCCGUGGAGAAGCCAGCGAAGGCGGCGAAGGCGUCCCCGAGGUUCCUCUGA